AUGCCUUACUGUCUGCUCCUUUCAUCUGUUCGAUUUACCAACACGUUGAAUGCUACGAAGGCGUUCCGCCUGAAAACGAUCAAAGAAUUCGUUAGAGGCAACAGAGGCGAGAUUCUUGCUGAAAUUUCCGAAGACCUGGCUCGUUUGAAAUCUCACGAGGUUGUAGAAGACGUUGAGCUUGAUGUGCUCGCGACGAAACAAUUAUCUUCAACUGAAGAAGCACCGGCCCAUCCUGUGCUAGACGAUGUCGUGUCACUAGAGAAGAGGUGCCUCAUUCGACAUCUAGGCCUCGAAACCACACCAAGUCGACAACCAUUAGGUGCGGCUAAUACAUGCCGUUAUUGUUUUCCAUCAUCGUCUGCCCCGAAUUCUACCCGUGGUGCGAAAUGCCGACUUUCCGGGUUAUGA